ACGAGCUUAACAACGAGACGACAUGCGUCUGUCCAGACACACAGGAUCUGGUGGCGAGUGUUUCGUUUUUCGUGGCGCCAAACAUGAUCGACUUCUCCACGGUGUUCAGUAAGUUUGAUGUUGCAGGCCAGGCAGCAGUAUUGUCAACACUGAUAGUCAUCUUCACACUGUUUGUCAUCGCCGCUCUGUUCUCAAGGUACAAAGAUGGCCAGGACGUUCUACAGUGGGGCGUGUCGCUGUUGGAAGACAAUUUCUGUGAAGACUCAUAUUUCUACCUGAUAACAGUUUACACUGGGAUGAUCCGACACGGAGGAACCACCUCUAAGAUUGAGUUCAACAUGAUCGGCGAGAAGGGAGACACUGGUGUUAGAGUUCUUACAGACGGGGUGCGCAAGGAAUUUGGUUCAGGAAGUGUUUUACAUUUUAUCAUUGCGGUCCCUCACUCUCUGGGUAGAUUACAGUGUCUAAAAAUCUGGCAUGACAACUCUGGCAAGGGACCCUGGGCGUCCUGGUAUCUCAACAGAAUAGAGGUCGUUGACCUUCAGACAAAGGAAAGAGAUGAUUUCAUCUUUUAUCAAUGGCUGUCACUGGAAGUAGGACAAAUUGAUACAUGUAUUGGUGUCGGAAGUGCUGAAAACCUGCGGAUCUUCAAAACAAUGUUCUUCGAACAUGCUAGGCAAAAGAUAUCUGACGAUCAUCUGUGGCUAUCGACCGUAUUGAGACCCGUGAAGAGCCACUUCAGUCGAGUACAACGAGUUGGUUGCUGUUUGGCUUUCAUUCUUCUGUCCAUGAUUGCAAACGCAAUGUUCUUUCAAGGCAAGGAAUUCAAAACCAGAAAGCAGUCAGCAGAUCUUGAAUUAGGACCAAUAAAGUUCAAUUUCUCUCAGUUAUGGAAUUCAUUUGUGAGUGCCAUAAUUACGGCUAUUCCAGUCUUUGUGAUGAUGCUGCUCUUCAGGAAGUCCAAGCUGAACAAGAGUCAGAUGUCUACAGACGAGUACACAACACACUGGAUGCUGCCAUGUUUCAAACGAUUCAAGUUCUACAAGGACAGUGUCGCACUGCAGAAGGUGCUGGUCAUAAAAGAUAUUGUAGAUGACGAGGAGGGCGUCCUGCCUCACUUCUGUGUCUACAUCGGCUGGGUCCUCGUGGCUUUGUCUUCACUGGUAUCAGCCUUCUUCAUCACCAUGUACAGUGCACAAUGGGGGAAAGAUAUUUCUGAAGAGUGGCUGGCCACUUUCUUUUUAAGCUUUUUUGAAUCCAUAUUCAUCCUCGAUCCAUUUAAGAUCUUGUUUCUCGCAAUCAUAUUUGCAAUAAUUCUCAAGAACAUCAAAGUCGUCCGACCCACAGUGUUUGAUUUGGACCACAUCAAAGCCAUGAAUGCCAAGCAAGGAAAACCAGUAGAAACACGAAGAAACUUGGAACACAAACGUCCUUUCCGUCGAUCAAAAAUUAAAGCCGCUAUCAUACAAUUAAAGCAAAAGUCGAAGAUCCAGAAGGCUAUCAGUGAGUUUCUAGUGACUGUUUUCCUCCUCAUUCUCCUCUGCACCAUCGGCUAUAGUAACAGGGAUCCUCACAGCUUUCUCCUACGAACAAACCUGGAAAACCAGCUGAUAUCACCUGGAAAACCGCUCCGCAAGUUAUCAGAAGUUCACAGUGUUAGACAGUAUUACCAUUGGUUGAACUACACAGUGGUGGAAGCUAUGUUUCCAGAGGAAAAUUACAACACCGAUUUGUUAGGGUCACACGACAGAUUGUUGAUGUCUGACCUGAACAAUUUCCGUGUUGGAGCGCCCAGACUAAGACUUGUCAGACAGAGAAAAAGUCCAUGUUCCUUGCCGUAUAUGGGCACUUUUGAAUGCAUUCCACGAUAUUCAGUGACUACCGAAGACACGAUUGACUACUGUGAGGGUUGGAACUCUACAAAACCAUGUGACGAGGAUGAAGGGCUGAAGUUAUCAAGUGCAGCAUGGAGUUUCGUACCAGCUUGGAAAAUCUGGGGAAUUCCAAUUACUGGAAGCUUCAACCUAUAUGGCGGUGGUGGUUACAUAGCAGAGCUGGACAUCAGUCGUCCAGUGGCUAAAAAAACAAUAGCUGAACUGAUAGAAGCAAUGUGGAUUGACCGUCAGACGAGGGCUGUGUUUUUAGAGUUCACGGUGUAUUCUGCCAAUCUGAACAUGUUCGCUUAUAUCAGUUUGCUGUCAGAGUUUCCAGAAACGGGAUCUCUUCUGCAUUACACAAAUAUCUUCACCUUCAGAAGCUUGCAGCUUACUGGAACUCUGGGCACCUUCAUUAUCAUCUGUGAGAUCCUCUUUUUGAUAACUACCGUCGUUUGGGCUGUUGUUAUUGGACUUAGAGUGCUCAAAGAAAGAUGGACUUUCUUCAACCAGUUCUGGAACAUCAUUGAACUCGCCACUGUCGGUUUAUCGUUUGGUGCAAUCGCCUUGUACUUCUACAGGCUACGGUUCACCACAGAAGCCUUAGCCAAGUUCAGAGAGAACACUCGCAAAUUCGUCAAUUUCUACCACAUUGCAAUAUGGGACAGCAUUUUUAUUUCUGUCGUUGCCAUUACUCUCCUCAUUGUCACCUUACGGCUUAUCAAAGUCAUGGCCUACAGCAAGUUCACACACACGGUCUUCACUGUGCUAAAGCAAAGCUCCAAGACGCUCCCAGGUUUCUUUUCCUACAUCAUCUUGACCCUGCUUGCAUUCGCUACAUGUGGCACGUUGUUCUUCGGCGCCUUCGCAAGGGAAUACAAAGACCUCAUCACGUGUUUGGAGAGUCUCUUCUCUGGUAUGCUGGGUCAUACUGGAUUCACCAAGAUCAACAUCCCAGCAGAGAGCAGCUGGUUUGCCUUGAUAUACUUCCUCACUUUCAUUGUCAUCAUGGCCUUGACCCUGGCCAACAUCUACAUGUCGAUACUCCUGGAUACAAUUGACUUGCUACAGAGUGAUAAGAAUGGAGAGCUGGAACUUGAGCUGACAACAUUCCUGUGGCAUUAUGCUAAAGAAAUCGUAACUCGAAAGACCAGUAAAAAUACCCUUAAGUCUAGAAAUAGUAUGAAACGCAUUUAAUAUUUCUAUUUAAUUGUAUUUGAAGAAAACAGCUAGUUAUAGAAAUCUAGAAUCUAGAACUGAAAAAGUAGAAGUGAAAUACAAAUUAUAUUAUAAGCAUGUAAAGUUUUUAGACAAUACCUCUUAAAACAUUUAGCUGCUUAAUAAAACUCAUUAGAUGAUUUUGACGAAUAGGACAUUGUCGUGGUACCUUUGUAAUUUGUCAGUUUGUAGGGUCAGUUUAUAUUUCAGGUUCUAAUAGACCAAAUCAAUUCCUAUUGCCGAUAAUGUUAACGUUUACUAAUAAAACUGAUAUAAGCAGCGUUUCAACACACCCAUGAAGUACAGCAAUAGAAAGU